AUGUCUCCAGAAAUUGAACUUGCUACUGUAGAGAAAUUAUCUCAACCUGCUGCCCUUGUAAAGCCAUAUGUACCGCCAAUCCCGUUCCCUCAACGUCUUCGAAAAAACAAAGUGGAUGCCCAAUUUUUGAAAUUUCUUGAUAUCUUCAAGAAAUUACAAAUAAAUAUUCCUUUUGCCGAUGCUUUGGAGCAAAUGCCGAGUUAUGCCAAAUUCAUGAAGGAUAUUAUAUCAAAGAAGAGGAAAUUGGGCGAACAUGAGAUAGUGAAAUUAUCCGAAGAAUGCAGUGCUAUUUUGCAGAGGAAGCUACCACCUAAGCUAAAGGAUCCAGGGAGUUUUACUAUACCUUGCACUAUUGGAACCACUUACUUUGAAAAAGCUUUAUGUGAUUUAGGAUCCAGUAUUAAUCUAAUGCCUUCUUCUAUUGCUAAACAUAUUGGGUUGGGGGUAAUUCACCCAACCACUGUUUCUUUGCAGAUGGGGGACAGGUCCAUAACAUAUCCCAAAGGCAUAAUUGAGGAUGUGUUAGUCAAAGUUGAUAAGCUCAUUUUUCCAGCAGAUUUUUUGAUUUUAGACAUGGAAGAAGAUGCCGAAACCCCUAUUAUCUUAGGCCGCCCCUUUCUAAAAACCGGGAAGACAUUAAUUGAUGUGGACAAAGGUUUAUUAAUUUUGCGAGUGGCUGAUGAGCAGGUGACCUUCAAUGUCUUUGAAGCAACAAAGUACCCAGUGGAAUCAGACUCUUGCUUCCGAGUGGAUAUAGUGGAAAAAGUUGUCUCUGAAAAAUUUAAAGAAGAACAUCCAUAUGAUCCAUUGAAGGCUUGCCUUGUGCAUUCCGUUACUACUGAGCAUGAGGAUCCUAAAAUUUCUGAGAUGGUGUACUUUUUGGAAGCAAUGAAACCGCGCCCCCCUGGAAGGUGGCGCGAAUUUGAGGAGCUUAGCGUCACAACCUCCAAGCCACAACCCAGUGUCAUUACUGCACCAACCCUCACAUUGAAGCCCCUACCUUCCCACUUAAGAUAUGCAUACUUGGGUAAUUUUGAAACUCUUCCUGUGAUUAUUGCUGCAAAUUUGAGUAAACUAGAAGAAGAUAAAUUACUAUGA